UCGUCCUCAAAUCGUCUCCUCCUCUGUUCUUUACCACCAUAUCUUAACCAUCGACAGACAUUUUUUUGUGUCAGGCCAGACACUAUUUACACAUCGCCUCCACUAUCUUUUGCAUAGAGACCUUUGCGUCGAUCUCUCUCGCUAUCAUCGCCAGGCGCAGGCUUACCCCCUGGAUCAGUACCUGAGGCUCCAGUACCUCCAAACACCCCUCCCACCUGCCUGCACACCACAUCUCAACACACAAAUCCAUGCUCGACAAUCCCUUGACGCGCGAAUGUUGAACCAUUCAAACUAUUACUCGUCGCUAUAUCCCUCUUUAACGCGACCAUGACUGCCACCUUCACCCUUCCUGUGGCUUCGACCGACAAUUGUGGCCACGGCCGGGGCCAUUCACAAUCACACUCACAUUCGCCCUCGCACUCACACCCUCACUCACAUUCCCACACCCCCUCGCACUCGCGGUCAUAUCAGCGAGCCCGAGCUGGAAGCCGUCUGACCUCUCCAUUCCCUCUCCCCCGAAUUCCUUCCGACUCUACGGUCGACCACGCAGAUAUGGAUGAGGCAGUUGACGGCAACGUCUUUCAUUCACAUACACACAAGCAUGUAGUCAAAGCCCCGCCUUUGGAUACAACUGCUGCUCAAUUUAUGUUCAAGAGGAGGGAAACCGAGCGAUCGCCGUAUACUCCAGGUUUGACUCGACGCCCAACAACCCUCCACCGAAAUUUCUCUAAACCCACUCAACUCCUCCUUCAUUCCACCGAGAAUUACUCUUUACUACAUGGCAUUCUGGCCGACGAUGAUUCGAGACGCAUAUUCUAUUUUAUGAUCCUGAACCUGUUGUUCAUGGUCGUCCAAUCCACCUACGGCUUCCUGACCGGGUCUCUAGGCUUGAUCAGCGACAGCAUACAUAUGUUUUUCGACUGUGUCGCUCUCCUCGUCGGGGUAUGUGCUGCCGUUAUGAGCAAGUGGCCUCCUAGUCUCAAAUUCCCCUAUGGUUAUGGCAAAAUCGACACCCUGGCAGGUUUGGGAAAUGGCAUCUUCCUGAUGCUCAUCAGCAUUGAGAUCGUCUAUGAGGCGAUCGAACGACUCUUUACUGGCGCUGAUGUGAGUCGGACGGGAGAACUCCUUCUUGUCAGCACUGCUGGAUUUCUCGUCAACUUGGUCGGUAUCUUUGCCUUCCACGGCGCACACGAUCACGGACACGACCAUGGGCACGGGCACGGGCACGAUCAUAGUCAUGAUCAUGACCAUGAUCACAGCCACGGCCACUCUCACUCUGGUGCAGACUCAGACGCACACCACCAUCAUGAUCAUGGAAACGAUCAACACCAUUGUGAACAUGAUCAUGGACAUACCCAUUCCCACAACCAGGGUCUAACGCUGUUGACUGCGUCAGCUUCCCCAAUGAAAAGCAAACAACCAGCCACAGGCCAUCACCAUGGCACAGAAAACAUGCAAGGCAUCUACUUGCACAUCAUGGCAGAUGCCCUUGGCUCCCUCUCUGUGGUGGCCUCGACUUUACUUGUUCGAUGGACAGGCUGGAGUGGGUUUGAUCCUUUAGCAUCGUGCCUCAUUGCUGUCCUGAUCUUUGCGUCCACCAUUCCCCUUGUCAUCUCCACCACCAAAAUUCUCCUCCUGUCACUCAACUCGGACAUUGAAUACAACCUCCGAGGCAUUCUUAGUGGAGUGGCCGAAGUUAGAGGCGUAGUUGGCUACACCGUGCCCAAAUUCUGGCUAGAAGACAUCAAGAAAGAACCUGGUCAUCAUCAUGGCCAUUCUCAUGGUCAUUCGCAUGGCCACUCCCACAAACUCAGUGAUGGUCAUGAUUCUGAUACAACUCAGACCAACGACGACCCGACCGUCCUCGGAGUCAUCCAUGUCAUCGCAUCACCAGCGGCCGAUCCAGAGGAUGUUAGAGAAAGAGUUUCGUUAUAUCUCAGACAACGAAAAAUGGACAUUGUGGUCCAAGUCGAAAGAGAAGGCGAGAAUAAAUGUUGGUGUGGUGGUGGAAUCAAGACCGCCACAAGUUCAUAGCAGCACUAUACAAACUCUUGUCAUGACUUGCAACUUAUAUAUAUACAUGUAUCAUAUACAGC